AUGUCCCCGCUGCCUCUCUCUGCUGCCCUCCUCUGUAACACCGAAGCAUUUGCAGAAACGAGAGAGGAAGACUCCGUGGAGAAAGGUCCCAGUGUGGGGAAGGCUGCUGAUGGAGAUCGCUGUGGGGCUGCAAACCCUGCGUCCAAAGCAGCUCAGACCUACAGCACUGGCACAGCUGGGCCCCACAUUACAAGCCUCAGGGUUUCUCCUGCGCUGGAAGCCAGCGGGUGCCUGCCAGGCUCAGGGGUCCCCACAGAGCCUGGGUCCCCCCGAAUUCAGCAGGUAAUCCUUUCCCGGUGUGCACACGAGCAGGUUCCCCGCGGGUCGCUCCGCUCGAGGAUCAUUGAUGCUGCGGGAAUCCAGGAGAGGAGCUGGGUUGGGAACGGGCGCUGGGAGGGACAUGGAUGUGAAAGAGGUGGAAACGGUAAGGCUGCCCUCGUCCUUUUAAAUAGCUGCAGCCAGGGGACUCCGCUCGCUGGCUGGGGUGCCCCAGGUAUCCGGUUUCAGCAAACAUCAGCUAAUGAGCACAGAUCCAGCCUCCGAGGGGCAGGUUCAGCGCCGCCGUACCGCACGGGAGGAUGGGGGCACCGGGGCUCCCCGGCGGGGAAGGAGCUGCGGGGAGCGGGCACGGAGCUCAGCAUCGCAGCUGAGUGCCUCCGAGGCUCUCCCCACGUCCCCCACAGGCGCUCGAGGAGCGGCAGAACCAAAGCCUGUCCGUCUGAUUGUAGGCACCGACCUCGGGUACCCCCCCGAAAUAAACAGAGCCGCCGACCCGCGUCCCUGAACCUGGAGCUGGAGAGGAACGCUCUCAUGCUCACAGCACACGACUCCAGGACCCACUGGUCUGACUCAGCAAAGAGGGUUUCACUCAAAAAAGUCACCCCAGAAUGCAGCCAAAAGCUAUGCUUUGCCCCCAUAAACCAGACCUCCUGCAUACAUGAUGUCUUCUAUUACCAUGCGUGCUGAGGACUUUUCCUCUUCAAUAUGUGCCUUUGGCUGAGCCAUGCUUGCACGCAGGGGCUGUGGUUUUGCAUCUCCCAGUUUCUAUAGGCACAAGAUUUUAUUCAUACCUUUGCUCUGAAACAUCUGCAUUUCGCUUUCUUGCUAUAAUAGACAAAGCUUUAAGUAACAACAAUAGAACACCAAUGAGCUGAAAUAAGCCAUAUUAGGAGUGGGGUAAAUAAGCAGCAUCCUCACGGCCUGCUUUCCUCCAGGGAACCUGUCCAGAAGCAAGCAGCCAAAUCACACACAUCCACAAACCUGCACAGAGCUCUGCACUGCAAACCCUGAGUGCUCCCCCAGCCCACCCUGAGCAGCUCUGUGACUCUGGGGACAACAGGCUCUCACAAGCUUGUCAGAAACCACAUCAAAUUUCUAUUUUCUCAGCUAUUUUUUUAUCCCAGCUGUUUCUUGCAUGUUUUUCAGUCAUGCAUUCUUUGUUCAGAAACACUUUCUAGCCAAGUCUAAGCGUUUUAUUUAAAAAAACAAAAAAACAAAAAACCCAAACCUAUAACUUUGCAAAGAAAUGUGUAGAAUCGAGAAAGAAAUGCGUGCUGUUGACUACACAUUGCAGCCUACUGCUCUUUCCCACCUCUUCCAAAACCAAUGAGUCUCUCCAAAACCAAUCAUCUCUCUCACCCCUAAACGAGCCAGGCUAACCCAAGGAGAUCAAGGCCCAGCUUCCCAGAGCAAGGGACAAGGAGGAAAGCAGGAAGGGUGCUACAGCUCUUUGCAAAGAUGAGACCAAAAGCAAUGCCAAUAUUGAUGGAUGUGCUCAACUUUGCUCAGAUGAGCAGUUUCAAUCCAGAUGCAGAAGGGCCCUGUUGGCACACAGACAUCAGCAUAGCACAGCAGCUGGGAUAAGGGAAUGAGUUUAAAACAAAAGGAAACCCAGUUUGUUGAAGCCAAGAGUAGUGCCAAGUGGAUUUGGGUCCAGAAAUUAGACCUCGUUCUUCAAAAAGACAAAAGCUGCAACAUAUGAGCUGAAGAGAAAUAUAUUUAGCAGAUUUAUUUUCCUUCCUUUCCAUAUUUAAAUGGAAGCUGCUUUAAAAUACUAAAUAAACUGCAGCAAAUUGGCACAGCGAUGAAAUUAAAUAAAUAAAAUUAAAAAAAAAAAGUAGCAGUUCUAAUUUAAUUAGCCAAAAUAAGAACAGUUACAGGGGGGAGGAGAUGCCACCGGAACCACACGGCACUGGGAACAGAGCAUUUGCUUUGGACACUGGGUAUAUUUAGAUCAAUGCCUCCUUCAGAGGUAAGGCUGUGGCGUGGCCGCAGAAGGCACAGGCAGUGUGAAUGCAGGCACAGGAAGGGCUUGUGGGAGGGAUCAAACAAACAGGGAGAGGGGAUAAAGGGCCUUUCACGAUUUAACCCGGAGCUGUUUGGGAGUGCUGGGCAGAGGGAACCCACCCUGGGGAGGUGCCGACAUGGAGAAGAUCUGCUCCUAUUUCAGGGACGGCCGUUUAACUUCUAUUUGGUGAUGCAAAACCAUCUCACGUUGCAUUUCUUGUUCCUCACAUGGAGAGCGUCAAUCAUGCAAGAGACACACGGAGAGCUCAGAAAUCAUUUGUGCAACCCAUGCUCUGCCCUGCACUUUCCUCCCCCCCUCGUCCCAGCCCGUGCCAUAGGCCAGCAGUGACAUGUUUGAACUUCUGCAGCCGUUUGAUGUAAAAUGUUUUAAAUUCUUUUGGGGAACACUAAAGGCUUUUGUCUCUUGACCAGUGCUGCAGGGAUGCCACGUCUGGCAAAGACUGCUCUCACAGCGCUGUUCAGCUCUACCAGAUCCCACUGGGCUGCCCGAGAGCUGGGAACCACUGUUAAUCAUUACACAUUGGAUCCAAGGGGAACACUACACACUGAUGCAAGCCCAAGCGCACCUUCCCUAAGGAAAUGCUGGCUGCUGGUCACAAUUCUGCCUUGCAUUUCCCUAAAGAACUGCAGCUUUACAGGAUGGCUGAAAGCUGCUACAGAUGAAUGGCGGCCAUCCAUUAAGCCACAGCAGAGCAGAGCACUGCGUGCUUUAGGUACGAAGGUAUUACAUCUCCUAAACCUUGACCGCCAACAUCAAGGUGGGCAAAAGCAAUCUGGUUAUGGUAAUGUCCCUUUCUAUUUCCCUCAGUUGUCCAUCUGUUCCUAUGCUGAAUUUGAGUGCUGUUUUAGGGAUGAUUCAGUAGCCAGUGCUGCUGGAAAAUACAAAAGUGAGCAGCACUCAGCAGCUGUGAGCAGCAUCCCCAGGUCUGAGCACCAGCCCAGGCUGUUCUACUGUUUUUGCCAUUGGGAGGUGAUCCAAUACUACAUUUUCUUCACAGAUAACCGAGGCCUUUUUCUCUCUAUCCCUGCAAAAAAAAAAAGAACCUAAAACCCAACCCACCAUCCAAACCAAUGCUGGGUUGCUGCACGUGGAGCAGUAAUUCUUCCACAGUUGGAAGGUUUGCUCGUUAAGCGCCGCAAUGCAUCAGCAAGCACUGAUGUUCUGCCCAGCGCUGCACCAGAGGACCCUGCUGGGGCGGUGGGGGUGGGCACGCGCUGAACUGGGCAGGAUGGGUGAUGCAAUCAUUCUCUAAAGGAACAGAACAUUUUUUCUUCAUGAAACAGAACCACCCUGAGAGCACCUUCUCGUGCAGCAAGGACGGACAUGAGCCCAGAGCUUCAAAGAACCUGCUGAGCUGCAUUGCUUCCUGCACAUGAAGGAUGGCUGUGGCUACAACAGCACGUUGCUGAGACAGGGAAUGUCAACCAAAAGCUUGGGUUGGAUUCUCAGUAAUUUCAACAGGGAGGGGAAAGGAAGAGGGGCUUACAUAAAGAAGGGGCUUAAACAAAGAAACCAACAUUCUGGUGCGACACGGUGCUUAAGAGCAAUGAUAUUUAAAACAGAACGAUAAUAAACGUGGUUUGGUUUUGUUUGUUACUGACAAGUUGAACAUGAUGCCUCUUUGGGGUUUGGUUUGAUGCUGGAAGCGUGCAAGGAAAGGGUAGGUGUGGUACUGAGGGAUGUGGUGUAUGGGCAGUAGUGGUGGCAGGUGGAUGGAUGGACUGGAUGAUCUUAGAGGCCUUUUCCAACCUUAAAUGAUUCUAUGAAAGGAACCAUUUUAGCUGAGACAAGGAGACACCUCCUGACGCUCACACACACACGUUACGUUAAGGAAAUCUUGCACUCCACUACAUUAUGAAGCACCAGCACCAAAACAACUGCAGUGUGAUUUGUGUACAGAGUAACUUCAAGACACAAAUCAACCAGAACAAGCAAUUGCUUAACUUCAUCUUGAUAGGACGGGGGGAAAUGGUUUCAAGCUAGAAGCGGGGAGGUUUAGUUUGUAGAAGACU